AUGGUCUGGGAUAUAUUUGGCUGGUUCAGAGACGUCUUGGCUUCCCUUGGUUUGUGGAAUAAACAUGGUAAACUGCUGUUUUUGGGGUUGGAUAAUGCCGGUAAGACUACUUUGUUGCACAUGUUGAAAAAUGACAGAUUAGCUACAUUACAACCUACGUGGCAUCCUACUUCUGAAGAAUUGGCCAUUGGUAACAUUAAAUUUACUACUUUUGAUUUGGGUGGCCACAUUCAGGCUCGUCGUUUGUGGAAGGAUUAUUUCCCAGAAGUCAACGGUAUCGUUUUCUUAGUUGAUGCGGCAGAUCCAGAAAGAUUUAACGAAGCUAGAGUCGAAUUGGAUGCUUUGUUCAACAUCGCAGAGUUGAAGAAUGUUCCUUUCGUGGUUCUUGGUAACAAGAUCGAUUCUGCUAAUGCAGUGUCCGAAGCUGAACUACGUUCUGCUUUGGGUUUGAUGAGUACUACCGGUAACGCCAGAAUUGAAGGUCAAAGACCAGUGGAAGUUUUCAUGUGCUCUGUUGUUAUGAGAGAUGGUUACGCUGAGGCUUUCCAAUGGCUAUCUCAAUAUAUUUAA